AUGUUGAUUCUUGCCGCCCAGAACCUCACGACACUCGAUCUGGCAGACCUCGAUCCUGAACUUGUACCAAGAUUUGUCAGCCUUGCUACUGCGCUCAAGUCUAGUAUCAAAGUGCUCCAGGUCUCAGGUAUCUCUUCAGACAACGGACAAACGCUCAAGCCAUUAUUUGAAGUGCUUAGGGAAACAAUUGAAGGUAUCUCAGUGCAAUCCAACUCAGUAAUUGGACAAGUCCUCAACUUGGAGUUUCCGAAACUACGGGUCUUCGAAACUCAGUCUUCUCACUUGCUUACCAAUCUUCUGACUGAAGGCAUCUUCUUGCACUCAAUCGAAGUCCUUGGAAUUGACAUUUGUUCUGUUGAUUAUGAUCAUUUGCUGGCUUGCAAGGCUCGCGGGAUAGGAUGCAUAAAAUUCACCAUGGGCAGGGGAAUAUCUGAGAUGAUGAGCCUAUGA